AAGCAGAGCGCGAGCGGACAGUCAGUCAGUGGCGGAGAAUUGAGUGGCCGGGGGGUGGAUUCCGCAGAUAUAUAUAUAUAUAUAUAAUAUAAUAUAAUAAUAACUAAAGGGUGGAAGAAGCAAAAAAAGAGGGAGAUCAAAACUAAGAAUUUUUUUUUGUGAACCCGUGUCCGCUGCUGCUGUUGUUUAGUUUAGUUUUUUUUUUUUGUUUGACGGCCAGUCAGUCGUCAGACACCUGGAGCAGCUGCUGCUCUCGGCUCGGACAUGGUGGACUAUCACGAAACCAACUCGCAGAUGCAGCAGGGCAACCAUGGCGACUACAUGCAGCCCGAGGACGACUGGGACCGCGAUCUGCUGCUCGACCCGGCCUGGGAGCGGCAACAGCGGAAGACUUUUACAGCGUGGUGCAACUCGCAUUUGCGGAAGGCAGGAACACAGAUUGAAGUAAUUGAAGAAGAUUUUAGAGAUGGUCUGAAACUUAUGUUGCUUUUGGAGGUGAUAUCAGGAGAGCGAUUACCUAAACCAGAACGUGGAAAAAUGAGGGUGCAUAAAAUAAAUAAUGUCAACAAGGCUUUGGACUUUAUUGCGUCCAAAGGGGUGAAGCUAGUUUCCAUUGGAGCAGAAGAAAUUGUGGAUGGUAAUGCUAAGAUGACCCUAGGUAUGAUCUGGACAAUCAUCCUUCGUUUUGCUAUUCAAGACAUAUCCGUUGAAGAAACAUCUGCCAAGGAGGGAUUGCUGCUCUGGUGCCAGAGGAAGACUGCGCCAUACAAGAAUGUGAAUGUGCAGAACUUCCACAUCAGUUGGAAAGAUGGUCUGGCGUUCAAUGCUCUCAUUCACAGACACAGACCAGAACUUAUUGAUUACGAUAAGUUGAGGAAGGAUGAUCCUCUGACUAACCUGAACAAUGCUUUUGAAGUGGCAGAAAAAUACUUAGAUAUACCCAAGAUGUUGGACGCAGAAGACAUUGUGAAUACAGCCCGUCCUGAUGAGAAGGCUAUAAUGACCUAUGUCUCCUGCUUCUACCAUGCCUUUUCAGGAGCACAGAAGGCGGAGACUGCGGCCAAUAGGAUCUGCAAAGUUCUGGCAGUUAAUCAAGAGAAUGAACACCUUAUGGAAGAUUAUGAAAAGUUGGCGAGUGAUUUGUUGGAAUGGAUUCGCCAAACCAAACCCUGGCUUGAGAACAGGGAACCUGAGAAAACCAUGCAAGCUAUGCAGCAAAAACUGGAAGACUUCCGUGAUUAUCGGCGUGUCCACAAGCCACCAAAGGUACAAGAGAAGUGUCAGCUUGAGAUCAACUUCAACACCCUUCAGACCAAACUCCGCCUCAGCAACCGUCCAGCGUUUAUGCCUUCUGAAGGGAAAAUGAUCUCGGAUAUUAAUAAUGCAUGGCAAGGUCUGGAGCAGGCAGAGAAAGGGUACGAGGAAUGGCUGCUGAACGAGAUCAGGAGGCUGGAAAGACUUGAUCAUCUGGCAGAAAAAUUCAGGCAGAAAGCUUCCAUCCACGAAGAUUGGACCACAGAUAAAGAAGUAAUGUUGACACAAAAAGACUAUGAAACGGCAGCACUGGCUGACAUCAAGGCCUUGCUCAAGAAACACGAAGCGUUUGAGAGUGAUCUGGCAGCACACCAAGACAGAGUGGAGCAGAUCGCUGCCAUCGCACAAGAGCUCAAUGAUUUGGAUUAUUAUGACUCUCCCAAUGUAAACGCUCGCUGCCAGACGAUUUGUGACCAUUGGGACACUCUGGGCUCUUUAACACAGAGUAGGAGGGAUGCCCUGGAGAGGACUGAAAAACUGCAGGAAACAAUUGACCAGCUGUAUCUGGAAUAUGCUAAAAGAGCUGCACCUUUCAACAAUUGGAUGGAGGGCGCGAUGGAAGACCUGCAGGAUAUGUUUAUUGUCCAUACUACUGAGGAGAUUCAGGGUCUCAUUGCAGCUCAUGAACAAUUCAAAGCAACAUUACCAGAUGCUGAUAAAGAGCGGGAAGCAAUUCUGGGCAUCCACAAUGAAAUGAUGAAAAUUGCUCAGUCUUAUGACAUUAAGCUCUCUGGUGUAAAUCCAUACACAUCCAUUACCUCGCAGAGUAUUAAUGAUAAAUGGAAUAAUGUCCAGCAGUUGGUGCCAGCAAGAGACCAAGCCUUGCAAGCAGAAUUUAACAAACAGCAGUCCAAUGAAAACUUGCGCGAGCAGUUUGCAAAUGCAGCCAACGUUGUUGGUCCCUGGAUUCAGACCAAGAUGAAGGAGAUUGGACGGAUUUCUAUUGAAAUGCACGGUACACUGGAAGACCAGCUAAAUCAACUGAAGCAGUAUGAGGACAGUAUCAUCAAUUAUAAACCCAAUAUUGACAAACUGGAGCAGGACCAUCAACUCAUUCAGGAGGCCCUCAUCUUUGACAACAAGCACACCAACUACACCAUGGAGCACAUCCGAGUUGGCUGGGAACAGCUGCUGACAACGAUUGCCAGAACUAUUAAUGAAGUAGAAAACCAAAUCCUCACCCGUGAUGCAAAAGGCAUCAGCCAAGAGCAGCUCAACGAAUUUCGGUCAUCGUUCAAUCACUUCGACAAGGACCAUAGCGGGAAACUGGGACCUGAAGAGUUUAAAGCCUGCCUUAUCAGCUUGGGCUACGAUGUUGGAAAUGACCAACAGGGUGAAGCCGAGUUUACGCGUAUAAUGGGUGUUGUUGCCCCCAACAACACGCAGGAAAUAUCAUUCCAGGCUUUCAUCGACUUCAUGUCACAGGAGACAACAGACACUGAUACAGCUGAACAAGUCAUGGCCUCUUUCAAGAUUUUGGCUGGGGACAAGAACUUCAUCACGGCAGAUGAGCUGCGGCGGGAGCUCCCUCCAGAUCAAGCUGACUACUGCAUUGCCCGGAUGGCCCCGUACCAAGGACCCGACACAGUGCCUGGCGCCCUGGAUUACAUGUCUUUCUCCACAGCUCUGUACGGCGAAAGUGAUCUGUAAUCCCCACCAGCAAAUUUUCUUUUCCAUAGCCAGCCCACUCUUUCCUUACUCCCCCCUGGAGCAUGCACGCGCAUUCUCUCCACCACCACCUGAACAUGCCAGUGCUAUCCGCAGCGUUUUGCAGUUGGCAUACACAAUUUACCAAGGAACCUUUUGCUGUACAUUCCAUUAUGUGUCUUAUAUUACGACUUCAUUAGUCUUAAAUCUAUGCAAAUUUCCAUUUUGCGUUUCUAUAUUGGGGUGCAAAACAUUUUCUGUACAUUCUGCACAGACACACUAUUUGGAGCACCAACUGUUAAUUCAUAAGUGCCAACGGACCUGUAUGAAUCAGUCUCACAGGAAUUUGGAGGUUUUGAUGUUAAAUUCUAGAAAUUCCAUAGGAAACUGGCACCUUUGUAUUUUUCCAAAUGUACUCGAUACUGUAAAACUAAAUAUUUUUGUAUUAUAAAUAUCCUAUUUUCACCUCUUUCUCCCCCCCACCCACCCCACACAAACUCUGAACCAAGGUAUAAUGAUGUGCUGCUUCAAUUAAUUUUCUUUCUGCAGCCAAUUUGUAGAAUAAUUUUCACCAGGUGGGCCACAAAUGUUUUUUUUUAAAUGGAUAAGGUAUUUAGUUCUACAGUGCAGUAUAUGCUUUGAAGGAGGAUGCAGUUACCUGGAAAUUGUUUCUAACCGAAAAUCGUGGCUGAUUUAGAUUUUUUUGCGAGUUUUUUUUUUCUCUCUCUUUAAUUCAGUGUUCCAGAGUAGCCCAUACUGCCCUUGCUGAACAGAAUCUGUGUCUAGACUUUGGGAGUGUUUGGACAGGUCAGGUGACAUGCUGAAUAGGCAGCCCUUUACUGAAACGCAGGAGGAAUAAAUAAAUUGCUGGCAGUGGGUAUUAAGACAGUAACAUGUUUGACUUUCUGAUGGCUUCUCAAAUAAACCAUGUGACCUUAGUGGUGUCAUGGGUUUAACAGCGCCCCAAGGGUGAUUUGCUGUUCGCUGUUGCAGUUAUUUAUUAUGAAUAGCUUGUUAAAAUAGCGUUGGCUUUAGCUACUGUUGUGCAGUUGAGGCAGUGUUGAAUUCUAAAGGGGACUGGGCUUGAAUCUGGAGCGUUUUGCUACCACAUUUACUUGUCGGGACUGAAGGAGUAAGACAAGAAAUCAUGGCAGGUACUGCAAUGCUCUCCUUUGUCCAGUGGCAUCAUGUUAUUGCAGAUUCCCACCGGGAAGUUUGAAUCAUUCAUGUAAACUGAUCAUGGAACAGAACAGCAAAGUAGAUGGGUGUAAAAUUACUGAAAUGCACAUUCUAUAAUCCUAAAUCAUGAAAGUAUAAUCUUUGGUGAAGGCAAAUGGGGAUGUACACUGCAUGCCCAAGAAUGAAAUUGGAUGGAAACUUGACAUAUGCCUACCCAGAAACGCAUCACGAGUCUGAUUGAAGUCGGCAGCUAGGAUUAAGUGCUGUAACUAACACGGUGAUGAACUGGGACUGUCAGCUGUGUGUCUUGACACUUCCAGCUAUGCAGUUGGAAAGUGAGCCCAGUGCUCGAAGCAUUGGUACAACUGUAACUGGCUAUGGUGACUGAGUGGCUUCACCUCAAACGGAGAGGAUGGUUUCCCCCAUUUAAAUAGUUAUGCCAGGGGUAAAAUAGGUUAUUUUUGAGGUAGGAAAAGUAUUUAUCUCUCCAUAUUUAAUCUGUUCAUGUACAUACUGCAGUGGUCUAUAAUUUGAAUGACUGCCUUUUUAAAUAAAAACAAAAACAAAGCUGGGCUUUUUCUGUGAGGGUACUGAGUUUUUUUGCAGAAAGAAGUCUUUAGGGGGGGGGGUUGGGAGGUGGAAAUGGGGGCUUUUGUUUUAAUUUUUGAUUCUCCUUGCUCCUCGGACUUAGACGUUGAAUUGUUGUUGCUGUGAGAAAUAGGCUGGCCUUGAGAGAGUAUAACUGCAGUUCUUGGUGGUGUGGAAGGGCUUUUUGCUAUUUACCUUAAUAUGGGACUUGCUAUACGACAUAUAUAUAUAUAUAUCUCAUCUGAAAUUCUCAUGGACUGUAAUUACUGCUUGGUUUUUAAAAGAGGAAAUAAAUUGAACAUUCUCUGGAUUUAAAAUAAAAAAAACAUUCCAAUGGACAAAUGAGAUUUUCUGGAAUAUUAGAAAUAUUGUGAACAUUUUCUUCCCCUUUGUAGCCUCCUUGCCAUAAUUGUGAAGUAUAAGUGAGGGCUGCCUUUCUACAUUUGAUUUAAGGGUGUUUUCAGAGGGUCUCUGCUACCUUAGCCCUAUUAGAUGAAAUAAAUCAUCACUAUUUUUGAGAAAUAAAAACUCCCAGACUCUUUAUUUUAAAGUC